AUGUCUCAAGGCCCGCCCCCCGGAACCAUCACUUUCGGAGGCGACGCAACUUGCAACUUGCACAACUGCCCCGUGGAAUGGAGCAUCUACGGCUAUCGUCCCUCGCUCGCCGCAAACAUUGUCUUCUGCGCCCUGUUUGCCAUCGCUGGCAUCGUUCACCUCUAUCUCGGCUUCCGAUGGAGAACCUGGGGUUUCACCAUCCCCGUCAUCGUCGGCUGCGUCACCGAGAUUAUUGGAUAUGCCGGCAGGAUAAUGCUGUGGGACAAUCCCUUUUCCUUUAACGGCUUCAUGAUUCAGAUUGUCACCCUCACAACUGCCCCCGUCUUUUUCACGGCCUCGAUCUACGUGACCCUGUCGCAGUCAAUCAUGUUCCUCGGCCCAGAUCUCUCUCGCUUCAAGCCCCAGCUGUUCUAUUACAUCUUUAUCCCGUUCGACAUCAUCUGUCUUGCUCUCCAGGCCGCAGGAGGCGCCAUGUCGGCCGGCACCACUGGCGCCAACCAAACCGGAGUCGAUGUAUCCCAGGCAGGUCUUAGCCUCCAGGUUAUCGUCUUGACUGCCUUCAUCGUCUGCUUUGCAGACUACAUGAUCCGUUACAUUCGGUCUGGCCGUGCUUCCAACUGGGGCUGGCGCCUCACUACUUUCUUCUCCGGCUUAACAACAGCGACGCUCCUCAUCUUGGCCCGUUGCAGCUACCGUGUGGCCGAACUGAAGGACGGAUAUAACGGAGGCCUCAUCAAGGAUGAGCCGACGUUCAUUGUCUUGGAAGGUGUUUUUGUAUUCCUGGCAGCCAUGGCGCUCUGCUUCGGCCAGCCGGGACUGGGAUUGAAGCGAUCAACUAUGGAGGGACAAAAGUUUGAGGUCGAUAUGGAUGCCAUUUCGGUCACUCCGCUUGAGCAGAGCAAGCAGAGAGAGACGCGGAGUGUUUAG